AUGGGCAACUCCUGCUGGGAGCUGUACUGUCUGGAGCACGGCAUCAAGCCAGACGGGCAUCUGGCUGACGAUGCUGCCGAGAUUCGCAGUCUGAAGCAGGCGGCGGCCAUCAACGGGGAGCGUCCCUUCAACGGCGGCAACGGGGACGACACCUACAUGGCCUUCUUCAAUGAGACCGCAGCCGGGAAACACGUGCCCAGGGCCAUCUAUGCUGACCUGGAACCGUCCGUCGUUGGUGAGAUAUGA